ACUCUAGAAUCUUAUUGUUUAUAAAUACGUGGUCUCUACCUCCCUAUCUCUCUAUCUCCACGUUGUCUCUCCUGAAAGAGCAUAAGAACAAAAAUACUGUCUUGAAGUUCUCUCUAUCUCUAUAACAGCCUAGACUGGUUAAAGGCCAGGUUUUGGGUUUUUUUCCCUAUCGUCGUAUCCGGUAUAUAAAAGAUUUUGUUCAUUGUUGAAUACCAAUUUCUCGUUUCUGUUGAGUGAGCAAGCACAACUUGGGAAUCCCAAUUUGGGAUGCUGUGAGGAUCAGUCACUGGAACUCAUGAUAAGGUCUUUCAAUGGGGUCCCUAAACGUGGAGAAGAGAUGGGCUUUCCCUCUUGUUAUAAGCUCCCUCAUAUGUCUGUUCCUUUUAGCAACUUGCUUCAACAUGGGUCUUGUUUCUUCAUUGCACACAAUCAAUCAAAUCUUCAACAUUUUCCAAUUCCGUAUCAACCAGACAACCCAAGUUUAUGCUGAAACAAAAGUCUCGCAAUCUCCUCCCCCUCCUCUCCCUUCCCAAAUUCCUCGAUUUGCUUAUCUGGUUUCUGGGUCUAAAGGUGACUUGGAAAAGCUUUGGAGAACCCUCCAUUCACUUUACCAUCCCCGGAACCAAUAUGUUGUUCAUCUGGACCUCGAGUCGCCAGCAAAUGAAAGAUUGGAGCUUGCGUCACGAGUGGAAAAGCAUCCGGUUUUCUCCAAAGUUGGAAAUGUUUAUAUGAUCAGCAAAGCCAAUAUGGUUACUUACAAAGGACCCACCAUGGUUGCUAAUACACUUCAUGCCUGUGCAAUUCUUCUCAAAAUGGGAAAAGAUUGGGAUUGGUUCAUCAACCUCAGUGCUUCUGAUUAUCCUCUUGUAACUCAAGAUGAUCUUAUUCACACAUUUUCAACCAUAAACCGAAAUCUGAACUUUAUUGAGCACACAAGUAAAUUGGAGUGGAAAGCGGACAAACGGGCGAUGCCUUUGAUUGUAGACCCUGGGCUUUACUCAACAACUAAAGCAGAUAUAUACUGGGCGAUGCCAAGAAGAUCUUUGCCAACAGCAUUUAAAUUAUUCACUGGUUCAGCAUGGAUGGUUCUCACUCGCUCGUUUGUUGAGUACUUAAUUUGGGGUUGGGAUAAUCUACCAAGAACCUUAUUGAUGUAUUACACAAACUUCGUUUCCUCACCUGAAGGAUACUUUCACACAGUAAUAUGCAAUGUGCCAGAGUAUGCUCAAACAGCAGUCAGUCAUGAUUUGCACUACAUUGCUUGGGACAAUCCUCCUAAGCAGCAUCCUCACACCCUUACCCUUAAUGACACAGACCAUAUGAUUGCGAGUGGUGCUGCUUUUGCCAGGAAAUUCAAGAGAGAUGACCCUGUCUUGGAUAAGAUUGACAAGGAUUUACUUCACCGGAAGAAUGGGAGCUUCACUCCUGGUGGAUGGUGUUCUGGUAAACCCAAAUGUUCUGAGGUUGGGGACCUGGACAAAAUAAAACCAGGUCCUGGAGCUCAUAGACUGAAACGCCUCAUAGCUAGGGUAGCUUUGAAUACAAAGCUUAAACAAAACCAAUGUAAAUAGGUUUUGGAAAUGUUUCUUGCUUGCAGAUGGAAAAGAACUCAACUUCAAUCUACAUGCCAGAAAAAGGUCUUAAAAAAAAUGUUCUGAGAAAUGAACCUUGAUGCUGAAGUUCCAGCUAAGGCUUCAUUCUAUCUUAGAAUCUAAGUAUGUUAGUUUUUCAUUACAAACUUGGUACGGUCACAAUCUAGUGUAGCACAUUACCUUUCCUCAGGUUCUACUCUCCUAGACCUGUUAUACCACACAGCUCGGAAAUUUUCCGGAGUACUUUUUUUUUUUCCAAUUCCUUGUGUUGCUGUAAAAUUUUCUGUUCCAAAUAAUUUGAUCAUUUUUUUUCUGCA